GUUAUCCAAAACUAAAAAUCCUUUUCUAAAAAUAAAAAACAUUUUACUAUUAUUUCAGUCCAUUGUUUGUCAGCAUCACCCUCAUCUUCAAAACCGAAAAGCUUCCAUGGAAGCGGGAACCGCGCUCCGUCUCCAUUUUACUUUCCACACUCCCAUUUCCCUAUCAAACCCCACUUCAAAACCCAAAACCGCAUUCACUCUUUCAUCUUCUCCUUCUCGUUCUCAUUCUUCCACUGUUCACAGUUUCCCACGCCCAAAGCCCAAACGCGAUUUCCUCGCUGAUUGGGCUUCACAAAACGACGACGUCGUUCGCCCCCUCCCAAUCUACAUCGGAACCACCUCUCUCUUCGCUGUCCUCUUCAAUCGCGCCAUCUCCGGCAUAGCUCCCGUCGCCGACGCCGGCAGUUCACAAUCUAGAGCAGAUCUCUUAACUUUAGGAUUGGCUGUCACUAAUAUUUUGGCUGGCCUUGUAUGGCUUUCCAUAAAACCCAAAACUAUAGCUGUGGUAAAUCCUCAGGGAGCUGAAUGCAAGAAGCUGUGCACUGACCUCCCCGAUGUUGCACUUACCGAGCUGCUCUGGGUUUGGGAAUCUCUGUCAGAUGUCACCUGCUGCCGAUCACUUGUUAUUGUUUAUGAGAGCAGUUGUGUGCUUCAAUUUGGUUUUGCUGCAGAGUCUUCUCCUGGGAAUGGUGAGGUUGUAAGUGUGGACACCGAUAAAUUGAUGCAAGGAUCAGUAUACCAGGGUGUUGUGAAAUCUGGAACUCAGAGUUAUUUGGCUAAUCUAUCUCUUUAUCCGGGGAAGUCUGAGCUACCAUUUCUGCCUUCAAAUACUCAGGCAGUAAUUUUACAACCACUUGGAGAUAGAGGAAUUGCAAUUAUUGGUGGUGACACAAUACGUGGUUUCACUACUUCUGAUCAGGCAUGGAUAACUUAUAUUGGAGAGAAGCUGGAUUCUACUCUUGCAAAAUAUGUGAAACCGCACCCUUACUUAGUUACUUAAGUUUCAAAGAAGUUCAAGUAGCUUCUGUUUGUUUAUAAUUGAUUACAGUAGUAAUAUAUCCUUGUUCUUCAUUAGGAAUACGAGGUUAAAAUUGAUUCGAUGUAUUUAUUUUAUUAAUUAUUUACAGCAGUUUUAAAUUGAUUGCUUGCCAGUCUAA